UGAGCAAAGUAGGCACAAAAGGGUAGGCCAGGGAGAGUGCAAGGUUCCACAUUCAAGCUAUGCGGAGGAGUUGGUUGACAGAUCAUUUCUUUAACAAAACAAGAAAGGAAAGAGAGAAAGCGUUUCUUGAAAAUGGAGGUAAGUUACUGGAGAAGCUGAUUGCCUCUUGCAAUGGCAAGCCUAUUCCCAUCCGUACCUUCUCCGCUCAACAGCUCCGCCAAGCAACCAACAACUAUUGUGAACAUCUGGGAAAGUAUUGGUACAAGGGUUCUCUUGAAGGGAAAAUUGUUCUCGUUAACCGAUUUUCUGGUUCGGGGGCCCAUCUUACCAUCAAUGAUAUAGUGAUUUCUGCACAAAUGAGUGCUCACAGUAAUGUAUUAAAGCCCAUCGGGUGUUGUCUCGAGACUACGCCUCUCAUUUUAGUGUAUGAAUUUGCUGCCAAUGGUUUUCUUGCAGAUCAAAUUUAUGUCAAACGUGUUACUGAACUACAAUAUCAGCCGAUGGUGUGGGAGAAAAGGUUAAAGAUUGCAAGGCAGAUUUCUCAUGCAAUUUCCUAUCUCCAUACUGCCUUCCCAAGACCUGUCAUCCACAUGUUUAUGCAUAUGCGUGAUAUCUUAUUAGAUGAACAUGAUGUUCCCAAAUUGUCCAACUUUAUUUAUUCCAUAUCAAUCCCUGAGGGUGAAACUGACGUGAAAGGUUUUUGGGGCAUUCAGAAUGUAAGGUUCUGUCCUCCCGAGUCUAAAGCAUCAGGUAAGGUAACGGAGAAAACUGAUGUAUAUAACUUUGGUAGGCUUCUUCUAGAACUUUUAACUGGAGAGGAUUCUUAUAAUAUAACCCGAUUGACAAUUGAUAGAACAUCUAACUUAAUAGCACACAUGCAUGACCGUGCUCAAGGUAGUUGCAUAAACGAGAUUGUGGAUCCUGCAAUCAUGGCAAUUGGGGAAGGAGGUGCUAGUUUACCACGGCAGUUACAAGCUGUGCUGGACCUUGCCAUAACAUGUACAGAGAAUGAUCCACAGAGAAGGCCAAAUAUGGUAGAUGUCACCAAAGAACUCAGGCGGAUUGAGAGGUUCACACAAGCGGAUGAAGAGCUUCUGGGAAGUUUGCGGAAUUCAAAGCUUCAUGAGCGUUUUGAAGAGCAUGCUUCUACAUCAUUGAAGAGAAAUCUUUCUAAUGAUGAAAGCCAUGCUGUGCUGUGAAAGAAGCCUCUGUAAGGCCUCCUAAAGCUUAAUUGUGAUGCAACCGAAUGAUGAAAGAGAUUGUAUAGCAGUUCUGUGAUUGGGAAGGCAAGAAAUAUCUGUGGGUUUCACCAAUAGCAGUAGUAGCUCAGGUUUUUUUUUUUUUUUUUUGGAGCAUUUAGAUUUCUAAAGAGAUGAAAUUGCACAAAGUUAUCAUUGUGGCCAACCCUUAAGGUACGUAUUGAUGCUAUAAGAACAGGUAAAUAGAUUGGUAUUGGCAAAGGAGUUUGUUGUUCUUUGUUGGGACUAAAAGGAAUGCAAGCCAGGUAGCUCAUAAUUUUAGUAACUGGGCUGUGUGUAUAGUGGUUUGUAGGGGGGGAAGACUUUUGUACUGUUUUAGUUGGUUUGUGUAUAAAGUUUUCU